UUUAACUACUUGUUUGUUAUGGUUUGUAUGUUAAUGUUUUGUUUAAACGAUAAUGUGUGAUAUGUCUUCUUCGAUGAAAUGUUUUUGUUUAAAAUGUGUAUGAUUUUAUUAUUGACGUUCAAUUCUUUGAGUGAACCGAUGCAUAUACGAGGUCACCUUGGAUUUGGAGAAUGUUGGAUGCCAAACAAUAAAAAAGGACAUUGUCAACCAUUAAAAGAUUGUGCGACAUUAAAUAAAUUGACCAAUAAAAAGCAUUUACUAUUUACGGACCGUUUACUUUUGCGACGAAGUCGUUGCGGACACAUGGGUUUUACGCCAUUAGUUUGUUGUCAAAAAUCCGGCACCACUACAACUCGUUUUAACGGAUCACCAAUAAAAACGAGCGAUUUACCAACCGAAUGCGGUCGAUUGCAUCUCAAUUUUGAUCGUCGCUCAGGACUUAUUUUUGGCGGAAAUGAGGCCAGGAUCUACGACUCACCAUGGCUGGCAUUAUUACAGUAUAGCAAAUCCGAAGGGACUGGUUUUCUUUGCAGCGGAGCCUUAAUCAACAAAGACUAUGUUCUAACAGCCGCUCAUUGUGUUACCGAAAACAUGCUGAUAAGGCGGAAAAUGAAAUUAAUUUCAGUAAGACUUGGCGAAUGGGACAAAGAAACUAAAAUCGAUUGUCAAAAUAGCAUUUGUUCUGAUCCUGUGUUGGAUAUUCCAAUAAAAGAAGUCAUUAUAAAUAAAGAAUAUCGAGACGAAUUGAUCAACAAUGAGCAUGAUAUUGCACUUAUUCUCUUGAAUCAUAGUGUAACGACUACAAAUUGGAUUCGACCGAUUUGUUUACCAAUCGAUGAAGAGUUAAAACAAAAAAACUAUGACCAGGUGGAAAUGACAGUAGCUGGUUGGGGUCACACAGAAAGUGCCACUGAUAGCAAUCGAAAGAUGCAGGUGACACUGAAAGGAAUCUCCAAUGAAAAAUGUGAUAAAAUGUACAAACGCUUUAAUGUUUCAAUGAAAGAUGGACAAUUUUGUGCUGGUGGUGAGGAAGGAUUUGAUUCAUGUCGAGGUGACAGUGGAUCACCAAUAAUUUGGUAUAAUGACGACGAAGAGCCACCACGUUGGUAUGCACUUGGAAUUGUUUCAUUUGGUCUGGCACACUGUGCUCAAGCCAACUUUGCUGGUGUUUAUACUCGAAUCGACAAAUACAUUGGCUGGAUAUUGAAAAAUAUGAAAUUCUUUGAAUAGAUCAUGAGAUUUUCCCUCGAAAUUUUUGUUUGUUUCGAUUGUUAUUUCGGGAAAUAAAAGACAUUCAAAUUUAUUUUGUUAUUUA